UUUGCUAAACACCCAACAGUUCGGUCCUUAAAAUUCAACAUGAAAGAUCCUUUAUUAAUCUGUUUGGCGGCCGUGGCUCUAAUGUGGUCAAUACUGCCCGUAACUAUAGUGGGGCAACGUAAUGCUGAUCCUUGUCGUCUUUCCAAUGAAACUAAAUUGCGUGAUCCAGAUGAUUGUAGUCAAGAAAUCAUAUGUAUUGAUUUUAAAUCAACUCCUGGUGUUCAAUGUAAGGGCUCCACACCUUUCUACAAUAAGGAUACAUUCAAAUGCGUAAAAGAUUUAACCGAUCGCAGUACAUGCGAAAUCGAUUGUAAAAAUAAAUCUCAUACAUUUGUACAAGAUCCAAAAUCAUGCUAUGGUUAUUAUUAUUGUCAAGACGAAGAUUUGGCUCUAUAUGGUCACUGUCCACAAAGUUAUCACUUUGAUCAGACUGAGCAGAUGUGUAUUUAUGAUUUUAAUUCGACCUGCAGCUCUCAUAAAUUGAACUUUUGCGCCAUCGUUACGACGGGCAUUAAAUUUAAAGAUGAAUCCAAUUGCGGAAAAUAUUUCGAAUGUGUACAGAAUAAAGCAACGAAAAACGUAACACUUAAAAAUGCAUUUUGUGAAAGCACCGCACCUUUUUAUCAUCCCGCUAAUGGAACAUGUAUAAAAGAAACUAUAGAAGGAUGUCAUCCAGUACCGGAAAAUGUCUGUGGUUCAGGAAAAGGAAUUAAAAGAAAUAAAUUCGUCAAUGAUGGAGCUACUUGUGGUGGCACUUUCUUUUGUGCUGAUUAUGGCUCUAAACCAGAUCCAAAUCCUCAAUGGUAUAAAUGUCCGAAUAAUUUGUUUUUUAGCGAGGUGGAACAAAUGUGCGUAGAUCCAUUGAAAGUUGCAUGCCAUAGAGAUCGUUGUGAGGGUAGUAAGAGAACAUUUGUGGUCAGUAGUGAAAGUGGUUGUCGUCAUUAUCUUCGAUGUGAAAAUGGUGUUCAAGUGGGAGGAGGAAAGUGUGUUAAUACAUUCUUCGACGAAGAACAGGGUAUAUGUACCACGGAAAUAAUAAAAUAUCCAGCUUGUUAUCAUAAAUAAUAGAAUAAAUCAUGUACAUACCUAUAUGUAUAUAAAUAGAGUAUAAUA